GGGGAAGUUCCUGACAGCAGCAGGAGGGAAUGGAGGAGAGUGUAACAGACGAAAUAUCAGGACAAUUUUCAUUCAAGACGGCCCAAUAAAAAAUAUUUAUUAGGAAGGAAGAAUCUUCAGCUCCUCAAGCACUGUCAUUAAAGCCUUUCAACUGUGUAGAGCUCCUCUAGUUAAGAUGUGGGGGAGUAUGAUGAGCUGAUUGAUGAGCGUUGAUCAUGAAGCCCAGAGUAAGUGCUGCCUGGUCCAUCACAGAGUAUGACCCUACCUUAAGUUUUAGAGGAAGAGAAUGAGGAAAUGAGAUAGACUGCAUCCCCCAGUCCUGAAGCAACAUGUCAGGACUCCAGCUAGUCACCCCCGCCUCCAAUCCCAUGGGGCCUUUCUUUGGUCUCCCGUGGCAACAGGAGGCCAUCCACGACAACAUCUACACGCCUAGGAAAUAUCAGGUUGAACUUCUUGAAGCAGCUCUUGAACACAAUACUAUCGUCUGUUUAAAUACUGGCUCAGGGAAGACCUUUAUUGCAGUAAUCUUAACUAAAGAGCUUUCCCACCAAAUCCGGGGAGACUUUGCCGAACAUGGGAAGAGGACAGUUUUCCUGGUGAAUACAGCAUCGUCUGUGAUUCAGCAAGCAGCUAUUGUUAGGACCCACUCUGAUCUCCAGGUUGGAGAAUACACCAGCGCGGAGAAGAUGUCCUCAUGGUCCGGGGAAAAGUGGAGCCAAGAAAUGAUCGAAAAUCAGGUGCUCGUUAUGACUUGCCAUAUCUUCCUGCAUGUGCUGAAGAAUGGAGUGUUGCCACUAUCGAAACUCAACCUGGUGGUGUUUGAUGAGUGUCACCUGGCAAUCACAGACCAUCCCUACCGGGAGAUAAUGAAGCUAUGUGAGGGCUCCCUGUGCAGCCCUCGCAUCCUGGGCCUCACAGCAUCCAUUCUGAAUGGUAAAUGUGACCCAUCUGAACUGGAGCAGAAGAUCCAGAACCUGGAGCGGAUCUUAAGGAGCAAUGCAGAGACCGCUACUGACCUUGUAGUCCUCGACAGAUAUGCUUCCCAGCCCAGAGAAGUGGUGCUGGAUUGUGGACCCUACCUGGACAAGAGUGGCCUCUCUGAGUGUCUGCUGAGCGAGCUGGAUGAGGCUCUCCACUUCCUCAACGACUGCAACCUAUCUGUGCCUCGAGAGGACAGAGACCCCACCUUCAUAACCAAACAGGUGCUGAGGGACUGCCGGGCAGUGCUUUUGGUGCUGGGGCCAUGGUGUGCUGACAAGGUGGCUGGUAUCAUGGUGAGGGAGCUACAGAAGUACAUCAAACACGAACAGGAAGAGAUCAACAGGAAGUUCCUGCUCUUCACUGACACCAUCCUGAGGAAGGUCCACGCUCUGUGCGAAGAGCACUUCUCCCCCGCUUCUUUGGACCUAAAGUUCGUGACCCCCAAGGUCAUCCGUCUCUUAGAGAUCCUCCAUGAGUACAAGCCCUUCGAGAGGCAGCAGUUUGAGAGCGUGGAGUGGUACAACAACCGCAACGAGGACAACUACGUAUCGUGGAGUGACUCAGAGGAUGAAGACGAGGAUGAGGAGGUGAAGGAGAAGCCUGAGGCUAUCUUCCCCUCGCCAUUCACCAACAUUCUGUGUGGGAUCAUCUUCGUGGAUAGGCGCUACACUGCCGUCGUCCUCAACCGGCUGAUAAAAGAGGCCGGGAAGCAGGACACAGAGCUGGCCUACAUCAGCAGUAACUUCAUCACCGGCCACAGCAUCGGCAAGAACCAGCCACGCAACAAACAGAUGGAGGUGGAAUUCAGGAAGCAGGAAGAGGUUCUGCGUAAGUUCCGAGCCCACGAGACCAACCUGCUCAUAGCGACCAGCAUCGUGGAGGAAGGAGUGGAUAUUCCCAAAUGUAACCUGGUGGUGCGGUUCGACCUGCCCACUGAGUACAGGUCCUACGUUCAGUCUAAAGGCCGAGCCAGAGCUCCUGUAUCCAACUACAUCAUGCUGGCUGACAGUGAGAGGACCAAGACCUUCGAGGAUGACCUAAAGACCUACAAGGCCAUAGAGAAGAUUCUGAGGAAUAAGUGUUCCAAGGCAGCUGGGGUCGGUGAGUUUGAGGUGGAACAGGAGCUGGAUGAUGACAACAUCCUGCCUCCCUACGUGCUCCGCUCUGAGGACGCAGGGCCCCGCGUCACCAUCAACACGGCCAUCGGACACAUCAACAGAUACUGUGCCCGUCUGCCCAGUGACCCGUUUACCCACCUGGCACCCAAGUGUAAGACCAAGGAGCUUCAGGAUGGGCGCUACCAGUCAACCCUCUACCUGCCCAUCAACUCCCCUCUACGGGUGCCCGUCGCCGGGCCGACAAUGAACUGUGCAAGACUGGCAGAGAAAGCAGUAGCACUGCUUUGUUGUGAAAAGCUUCACAAAAAAGGUGAGUUAGAUGACCACUUGAUGCCUGUGGGGAAGGAGACAGUGAAGUAUGAGGAGGAGCUGGAUCUCCAUGAUGAGGAGGAGACCAGUGUUCCAGGCAGGCCAGGAUCCACCAAGAGGAGGCAGUGCUACCCUAAAGCUAUACCGGAGUGUCUUCGGGACAGUUACCCUGUACCGCAGCAGUCUUCCUACCUGUAUGUGGUCGGCAUGGUCCUCACCACCCCUCUGCCUGAUGAGCUCAACUUCCGCCGCAGGAAGCUCUACCCUCCAGAAGACACUACCAGGUGCUUCGGCAUCCUGACCGCCAAACCUAUACCUCGGAUUCCCCAUUUUCCUGUUUACACACGGUCUGGUGAGGUGACCAUCUCCAUCGAGCUCCAGAAGGCAGGGUUCACCCUGAGUGCUAUCCAGCUGGACCUGAUCACUAGAUUACACCAGUACAUCUUCUCUCACAUCCUCCGCCUGGAGAAACCUGCUUUGGAGUUCAAACCCACGCAGGCCGACUCAGCCUACUGCGUUCUACCUCUCAAUGUUGUUGAGGAUUCCAUCACUCUAGAUUUGGACUUUAAAUUCAUGGAGGACAUAGAGAAGUCUGAGGCUCGUACUGGCAUUCCUACCACCCUGUACACCAAGCAGAACCCCUUCACCUUCAAACUGGAAGACUACCAAGACGCUGUCAUCAUUCCACGGUAUCGUAACUUUGACCAGCCUCACCGUUUCUACGUGGCUGACGUUUACACAGACCUCACACCACUUAGCAAGUUCCCGUCGCCGGAGUAUGAGACUUUUGCUGAGUACUACAAAACCAAGUACAACCUGGACCUAUCCAAUGUAAACCAGCCACUAUUGGAUGUCGACCACACCUCCUCACGACUGAACCUCUUAACCCCUCGCCACCUAAACCAGAAGGGGAAAGCACUGCCCCUCAGCAGUACAGAGAAGAGGAAGGCCAAGUGGGAGAGUCUACAGAACAAACAGAUCCUGGUCCCAGAGCUGUGUGCCAUCCACCCCAUCCCAGCCUCUCUGUGGCGGAAGGCUGUGUGUCUCCCCAGCAUACUGUACCGCCUCCACUGCCUCCUCACAGCUGAGGAGCUGAGGGCCCAGACAGCCAGCGACGCUGGAGUUGGAGCCCAGACCCUGCCCCCUGACUUCAGGUAUCCAAACCUGGACUUUGGAUGGAAGAAAUCCAUCGACAGCAAGUCUUUCAUCUGUCCGCGUGAUGAGGAAGAGUAUGAAUAUGAUGAUGAGGAGGAGGAAGAGGAUAGCGCUGAUGAGAACUGUAAACAUCACAACCAGACUGCAGCCCCUGACCCUGCUGUUGCUCAGCAACCCUGUAGUGACUGUCAUGUCUCCUCCCAGCCUGAGAGGGGUGAUGUCAGCAAACACCCAGAAGCUGACAGGCCAGAGGAGGAGGAGCCCCAGCAGCCAGACUCUGCCUCCUGCACCAAUACCCUCACUAACGGCACUGCUGCCGUCGCCAAAGACAACAGUGAGAACGGCGACCACACACACCUUCAUGACGGAUGUGAUAGCUGCCAGUUCCUCCCGGCUGGCCCUGGUUCGCCACUGGAGAGCGAAGAAGUAUCAACAACAAUGACAACACAAUCCACUACCUCAGUUCUUCCUGUGCAGCUCUCUCCAAGCACAGAGAACCAGAAUCUAACCCAGCCUCAGCCCCGGACCCAACCUCAGCCCUGGACCCAGCCUCGACCCCCACAGCCUAGCGAUGAAUGUAAACCAGGGGGGACCACAGAGCUCCGUGAGGGCGAUGGACCACACGUGAAUCAAGCUACCUCAGACUCCUGCAGCCCAGUAACAGUGACGUGGCCCAAAGGCACCGCUCCCAUCACAACCACAGCACUUUUACCUGACUACUCAAAGACCCAGGAGACCAGUUCCACAGGGGGGGACACACCUGGUCCCUGCCCCAAGAUCCUGGGGCCCAACCCGGGGCUUAUCCUUCAGGCCCUGACCCUAUCCAACGCCAGCGAUGGCUUCAACCUGGAGCGUCUGGAGAUGCUGGGAGACUCGUUCUUGAAGCACGCCAUCACCACCUACCUGUUCUGUACUUACCCCGACGCACACGAGGGACGACUCUCCUACAUGAGGAGCAAGAAGGUGAGCAACUGUAACUUGUAUCGUCUGGGGAAGAAGAAAGGUCUUCCAAGCAGGAUGGUAGUGUCCAUAUUUGAUCCGCCGGUCAACUGGCUGCCCCCUGGCUACGUGGUCAACGUGGACGAGAGCAGCGAAGACAAAUGGGAUGAGGAUGAGACCAAAGAGGACCCCCUGGACAACGGUAGUGCUGGAAAGGAGUUCUGUGAGGAUGAGGUGGAGCUCGAGGAGGAGUUGCUGGAGGAGGAUGAAAAUCUGAUGUGGAAGGAGUCUAAAGAAGAAGUCAACAUCGAGGACGACCUGGAGUACUACCAGGAGCACAUUAAGUUCAUCGACAACAUGCUCAUGGGCUCCGGUGCCUUCGGCAAGAAGAUCUCCCUCAGGACCUUCCCCGCUGCCCUCGCCACCCCGGACCCUGGCCCCAGCCCCUCCGUCCACUCCUCCUCCCCUGCAGCCGAGCCCAGCUUUGGGGUGUGGAAACCCCCCAAGAAACCUGGCCCGGUCCCCACCCCCGACUACCUCUCGGAGCCUGGCGGUGGUGGCUCAGUAGAUGAGUUUGACUACAGCUCGUGGGACGCCAUGUGUUACUUGGACCCCAGCAAGGCGGGGGAGGAGGAUGAUUUCGUGGUGGGUUUCUGGAACCCGUCUGAGGAGAACUGUGGGGUGGAGCUGGCAAAACAGUCCAUCUCCUACGACCUGCACACGGAGCAGUGCAUCGCUGACAAGAGCAUCGCUGACUGUAUAGAGGCACUGCUGGGCUGCUACCUCACCAGCUGUGGGGAGAGGGCUGCUCAGAUGUUCCUCUGCUCACUGGGACUCAAGGUGUUACCGGUGGAGAGUCGGACUCUGAGGGAGGAGGGCGGAGUCACAGAGGUAGCGAACCUUGACCUCCAAUAUGGCUGGCUGAAGAUCCCGCCCCGCUGCAUGUUCGACCACCCGGACGCAGAGCGCACCCUCAACCACCUCAUCUCCGGCUUUGAGAACUUUGAGAGGAAAAUCAGCUACACCUUCCAGAACAAGGCCUACCUGCUGCAGGCGUUCACACACGCCUCCUACCAUUAUAAUACCAUUACAGAUUGUUACCAGCGGCUGGAGUUUCUUGGCGAUGCAAUUUUAGACUACCUCAUAACGAAGCACCUUUAUGAAGACCCUCGCCAACACUCUCCCGGCGUGCUCACAGACCUGCGCUCGGCACUCGUCAACAACACUAUCUUCGCCUCCCUGGCCGUCCAGUACGACUACCACAAGUACUUCAAGGCUGUGUCACCCGAGCUGUUCCACGUCAUCGACGACUUUGUGCAAUUCCAGCUGGAGAAGAAGGAGAUGCAAGGCAUGGACUCUGAGCUGCGGCGGUCAGAGGAAGACGAGGCGAAAGAGGAGGACAUUGAGGUCCCCAAGGCAAUGGGAGACAUCUUUGAGUCGCUAGCCGGAGCAAUUUACAUGGAUAGCAGGAUGUCACUGGAGACUGUGUGGCAAGUGUAUUAUCCAAUGAUGAGGCCACUUAUAGAGAAAUUCUCAGCUAAUGUCCCUCGCUCUCCGGUGCGGGAGCUGUUGGAGAUGGAGCCAGAGACGGCCAAGUUCAGCCCUGCAGAGAGGACGUACGACGGGAAGGUCCGUGUGACGGUGGAGGUCGUAGGCAAGGGCAAGUUUAAAGGCGUGGGCCGCAGCUACCGGAUCGCCAAGUCUGCCGCUGCGCGCCGGGCUCUGCGCAGCCUCAAAGCCAACCAACCUCAGGUCCCGAACAACUGAGCGUCACACGCUAACUAGCUAGCUACUGACGCUAGCAACUGACACUAGCUACCUACAACUGUUACUAGCCGGUAGCCACUGAUGCUAGCUACUGACGCUAACCAGUAGUUACCGGUGCUAGCGAUUGAUGCUAGUUACCAAUACAGCGCAACAUUAGCCCUGUAUCUCCAGCGCACAACGGUGCAGCCAGGGAACGUUCUGUAGAGACCUGGGGAAGUACCAACACAACAAGAGAGCUGAUCUGGUCGUAACGGAUUUUACGUUGGAUUUUUUUUUUGCGCAAACACAAUCUUUACUUUCCUUCUCUGCUUUGUGUAAUCACAAGAGUGCUUUAUUAACAUAUAGCAAAGUGUUAAAAAGAAAAAAAGGGU